AAUAGAUAGUAGAAUUUAAUUCCCACUUUAAAUAGCCGAGUAGGAUUAUCUGGAUAAGGAUUAGUUAAGGAAAAUAUUGGGCGCGCAAUCAAGAAAUUUACCAUAACUAUUUAAAUAAGGUUAAAUAGCUGUGUAUGUACAUCCAAACAAAAGUACUUACUAUCAAGUGAUCGUUUGUUAUUACAGAGAGAUAUUACAUACCUGUAUCAAGUGGGUUUAAGAUUGUAAUGAGAGAAACAUUUGUUUUGAAAAGAGAUGGAUUUGUUACAAGUGUUUUGGAGAUACAGCUAAAUUAGAGAUUAAUUCUGCCUGCCCACAGAUGCACAAAUAAAGAUGGCCCAUCUUGAGAAGUUAUUUGUUCCGGAGGGGCUUCCGGCUAACCCAUACCAUUCCCUAGACAGUCGAGUGAUGUACAAAAGUGAAACUGCUACCGCUGAGAUGAGAGAAGUGAAAGAAGUUCAGCCAAUGAAGAAAGAUUUCCAUCCAAUUACAACUGAGAUUCAUGUCACAGAACUACGACCAAUCAAACUUGACCCAUUAAAGAAGCAAGAAAUUGCACAAGCCCCAAAGGGUAAUACGUGGGAGAGGCGUUUAAUGUCUGAAGGUACUGCUAUAGAAAAUGGCCAUCGUGAAACAUUUAGAGAAGCCAGCAUGGAAAGUAGACGAUCACACUCGGCAUCAAGUAGAAAAAUAGAAACAAGGGAGGUAAACAGCAGUAAUCCAGAGAUGAGAUCUAACAUGAUCCGUACAGUGACAAGCAGAACUGGGACGUACUCCGGGUCAUCACCAGGCUCAUCACCCUCAGGGACAUUGUCACCUCGAGAUAAAGUGGAGUUCAGAAGAAGAGAUUUAAGUCCAAGCUACCAGAAGGAACAGACAGUGGGCUUGAUAGAUGGGAAAUGUACAUGUUGUCCCUAUGGUUACCAUGUUGACGUUGACUUCAUGAGCUACUGCGACACUCUCUCUAACCAGUCUUACCUGAAACAGCUGAAACAUAUACAAAGGGAAAAACGGAAACUAAGAAAGUCCAUGGAAGUUUACCUUCAGGAUCAGGAACAAACUGAGGGGCACUCGACAAUGGUAAAUCCAAUGGAAUCACGUGCCUACUACCAAGAAUCAACAACAAAUAGACUGUUGGAUGAUAUUGAUAACUCUGUAGGUCAAACGCUAACUUCUAUAGAGUCCAUGAUGGAGUCAUCGACAGGGUCGCAGAUGUACAGCGAUAGCGGCACUGCUACCAUCCAGCAGAGAGAAAAACCAAAGAAAUUUAAUACAUUCCCAAAGAAAACAGGCAGGCAGGCAGCUCAAGAGCUUCAAACAUACAAUGAAACGUUUACAGCUACGUUCAAUAAUUCUGAACGUCGCGAUUCCAAUAGUUCUCUCUCUUCAAUUUCGACUGUAGAGCUGGAAAGGAUUUAUCCUCAUAGUAACCAGCAAGGUUUCUCGACAACAGAAACAUCAACAACAAGGUCAUCAAAUAUUACAUCUCAGCACUUAGCAGAGACAAUGGCUGUUCAUAUGCCACAGGAGGGCGGGGCUGCCUCUGCCUCAAACAUGACCAAUAUCAGUAAAGAUUCUUUGAAUGCAAUAAGGGAAGCAAUGUCAGUUAGUCUUCAGAGAAUGAAAGAACUAGAAGAACAAAAUAAAGCAAUACCAGUGUUACAGGUUCGAAUCUCUGUUCUAAAAGAAGAAAAACGAUUAUUAGGGUUGCAAAUGCAAGCUCAGAAACAUGUGAACACAGUCAGCAGGGGUGUUAAUACUGAUGCUCCACCUCCGCCCCGAUCGCCCAUGUCACCGCCUCCACUUGCCCCGAAACCUAAAGUAAGAAUGGCAGCUGUUGGAGACCAUGAUGUAAAUGAAUCCUAUCUUCUACAACCGGAACUAGAGUCCACGCAUGUUUACGAAAAAGAAACUUUAAUCAUUGAUCGAGCUCAGCAGCAGAGUUCACUGUUCAACCAAGAUGUGUCAAAACCAUUAACACGAACUGUAGGUGUUGGAGAAGGGAAUGUGUUUGAUGAUAGCAUGCACAUUCAUGAAAAAGAACUAAGAACUGUGAUAAUUGGGCAAAGUGAGAGGACAGGAAAAAGGAAUGUUGGUAUUGAGUGUAGACCUUCUACUCGCGAUGUCGGUAUUUCGUAUAAUUUUGAUACAGUUGAAAAACCAACUACACGCAGUGUCGGAAUAACCACUGAAACUACAGCUCUUGUGACAAAUGUCAGUUUUAGAAGUGAGGAGUUUACCUCUGCUUUACGAAAUGCGUUAGCGAAAAAUGUUCGUAGUGUAUCGGUGCAAGUGGACAAUAGACAAGAAUCUAGACAUGUUGGUAUUCAGUCUACAGUUUCUUCUUGGAAUUUAAGAUCCAUUGGUGUAGGUGACGCUAGUAUUGAUGUUGAGGUAAGGAACCCUGUGGCUAAACGAUCUGUUAGCGUAGAUGCUUUCCCAGAUAGAAUGAACCGCUCUGUCAAUACGGACUAUGGAUGGCGACUUGACGCUUUUACUAACACCGUUCCUCAGUUUACUGAAAGUGAAACAACACAGACUGAAGAAGUUAGAAAAUAUAACAGUACCACAAUGACUGAGAGAAAUGUUCAGUACAAUGUUACAUGCCAGACAGAUAUGAAAAUUUUUGCAGCAACAGAUCAAGUUAAAAACUCUGGUACAAAUACUGAGAAAGUUCUUACAUACAAUACAGGAGUGAACACAAUCUUAAAACCAUCAAUGGAACGAGGCAUUAAUACAAUACAUCAGCGAGAUACUAGGAACUAUGGUGUUAAUACUGUGGGGCCGGACAUACGAAACAUUGGGACAGGAGAUGGAAUAAUCGAAGAGGAAAACCCAGAGGAAGAAUAUUUGUUUGAAGAAGAAGGAGUUGAAACGAAAACAGUUUAUUUCACAACAAUGCAGGAUCAGGAGAAAACAAAAUCAGAUAAGGGUUAUGAAAUAAAACGUGAAUAUUCUGCACCCACACACUCUAGUAGUAGUGUUGAAUCAAGAAGUGCUAUACAGUCGAGCCAGGCACACCAAAUGCAAAGACAAGAUUCGUCCAGUUCAAAAUCCGAGGAUGAACAGAAUACUGAAAUUCUUGAAGAGAAAGUGUGGAGAACUUCUGGGGAUGGCCAGUUCACUGUAACUACUGUAACAACUACACGUACAUUUGGUGGGGCUGAUGGUGACGGGACUGUUCAGACUGAAACCAAAACUGUUACUGGUGGUCCUGAGGUUCUUGGCUCUGAUGCAGCUAUGAUACAAAAGGAAGUAGAACAAGGCAGAACUAGUUCCACGGUGACUGUCCGAGGUGGAUCUGUCAGUGACAGUACACAGGCCUAUGAUUCUAGUUAUAUGGGGUCACUUUCUGCUGGUGAUUCUCAGACAAGACAUUCUUAUGAAUCUAGUUCUAUGUCAGGGCAAGGAAGCUCAGCCAUUGAACGUGUUUUAGGAUCAGAUGUAGCAGAAAAAGUUAAAAGGGAACGAGAGCUUCUUGAUAAUGGAGGACUGUCAUCCUCUCAGAUUACUUCAAGAUAUUCGUCUUCAUCAAGUAGUGGUGGUCCUGCUGUGAUUACCUCAAGAUAUUCAUCAAGCAGUAGUAGUCCCUCGUCAGCAGGUCUUUCUCUAGGAGCAGAACUAGACCAAUUGGCAGGUUCUCAGGAUAGUGGUUUGUCGUCUUCUCAGUCUUCGAGUAUGUCAUCUGUUUCGCGGCACACUAAAAUCAUACGAGAAGGUGAUUCCUCCCCCACUGUCACUGUUAGAGAAGAAUUUUCCACUUCUCAAGAUGGCUCUCUACCAAGUUGUACUUCAGAAACUAUGACUGGAUCUUGGAUGUCUGAUACUGGUAGUAUGUCAGGAAGUUUGAAGUCCAUUAUGAAGAAGAGCUCCACUGACACUGGAAAUCAACGUAGAGGAAUAACAUUUGCUGACUCAGUUGUUGGAGGUGAAACUGAUGAUGAAGAAGAGGAGGAAGUUGACUCUUCAAAUGAGGAGGAGGAAAAUGGUGGGGUGGAGAGUGGUUCAAGGGGGACAACUUCUGACAGUGAUAGUAGUUAUGAUGAGGGUUGCUAUGACAGCAGGGAGGGCAGCAUUGUAUAUAAGUGUAAAGAUGAUGAAGCAAUUGCUAAUGGUGUCCCGGGAGCUCAAAUGUUUGACCAGAAUAUUAGAGAAACAUCAAGACCAAGAAGAUUUGAACUGGAUCCUGCUAUGAAAGAGGCUUGUCAGACGCUUGCCACAUAUUUGGAAGAUUCAACACUUGUUCAAACCAAACAACUGUAUAAAAAGUUAAAGAAGAAUAACAGCCUAGACAUUAUACAGAAGGAGUGGUUUAAGGUCUCCUCGUCGAAGCUAGCCGACGCCCACCAGAAUGAAGACUAUCUGUCUUGCUUCAACGAAAUCUCCAAACGACUCCUGGAGUAUAUAGUGAACAUGCAAGAUUCAAAUGGAAAUACAGCUAUCCACUAUGCAGUAUCUAACUGUAACUUUGAUAUUGUGAGCUUACUGCUGGACACCGGUGUUUGUGACCUUAACAAGAUGAACAAGGCAGGGUACACAGCGGUUAUCAUGGCAACGCUAGCUAGUGUACAGACACAGAGACAGGAGGAAGUGGUUCAGAGACUCUUCUCGAUGGGAAAUGUUAACACGAAAGCUUCCAAGGAUGGUCAGACAGCACUGAUGUUUGCAGUACGACAGGGACGUACUGAGAUGGUGAAAAUGUUACUGGAUACCGGUGCUGAUACAAACAUCCAGGAUGAUGAAGGCUCCACGGCAUUGAUGUGUGCGGCGGAACAUGGUCACACGGAGAUCGUCAAAAUGCUGCUCAACACACCUGGUUGUGAUGCAUCUAUUUCAGAUAAUGACGGCAGCACUGCCCUUUCUAUAGCAAUGGAUGCAGGACACAAGGAUGCUGGAGUUCUCCUCUAUGCCCAUGUCAAUUUUGGCCCAGGACAUUCGCCUCAUAAGCUGUCCAAACACCAUUAUAAAGUAAAACACAGGAAGUCAAAUGGGCCCCAGGUCGGAAGUCAAGGAAAACUUCAGGAUCCUCUCCUCUAGCAAGUCAAACACCGUGAGCCAUGUACCGUAUUUCACCUACGUGUAAAGUCAGAACACCUAAAUGUGAAGCCAGUAAUCUACCUGAGAAUCAUCAUCUUUUAGAACGACAGCUAGUCAAGAAGAUCUGGAUCUGUAUCAAACAACCUUCAUUUAUUAAAGAAAACUAUAGUAUAAUAGAUAUAUAGAAAGAAUAAUUUCGUAUUUGGUAGAAAUUUUACAGAAAAAUAAAGAUCUUUUAUUCUUACUGUUUUGAACCAGUAGUUAACAUAGUUGUCAAAAAUCAUGAUUGCAAGAAAAUAUUUAGACUUACGACAUUUUUGUAGAGGUUGUCAGCAACAUCUGUUAAUCUUAGAUAUAUUCUGGUACUUACACAGCUAAGAUGGUUGUCGUGAAUACACUGUAUUGUGGUAAAAUAUUUUCCAUACUUUUCUAAGCUAAACUCAGCUUUAAUCAUUCCAGUUUCGAUAACUAUUCUUGAAUGAAUCUUCGGUAACAGUUUUUUUUAAAUUGUGUUGUGCAACUUUAAUAUUGAAUAUUGUGUCACACAGUACAAGAUAUGGCUUUAUGCAGACAUCAGUUAUCGUGCUUACAUUUACAGUAAUUCACUUUAGGGCUGUUUUUUGUACAACACAUAUUGAACAAUUUUAUAAAUGUCUUUUUUUGUAACUUUGUUAUAAUUUUUUUGUUGUGCCUUUGAAAAUUGAACUUAACAGAUUUUUUUAUACUCUAAAUACAUUCCACAUGAUUUUAUGAUUCCAUUGUUAAAUUUGUUUGUUGAAAAGUUACAUUUUAAAUUUUUUAGAGAAAAAUAAAAUUGAUGUGUUACUUUAGAGACGAGAAUUUUCAUUGAUUUAUGAAUAGAUCCCUUCAGUGAAGUUGUGUAUAUGAAUUUUACAAUGCCUUUGAUCACAUUUAUAGUAGAGUUUAGAAAAACUUAAUUUUUUGUUUAACACAUUUCAGGAGUUUUCCUUUCUUGCCAGAAUAUGAGUGCAGCUUUACAGUGGAAUCUUAAUUGUUAACUGUUCAUUACAUUUUACUUUGAAUAAUAAGAUAAAACUGUACAUGUAUUUUGAUAGAACUGUGACAGCUGUCUUUCAUGUAACACUCGCGUUACAUUGUUACCCUACUAUACACUAAACCUCUCUAUUACUGUUAUGUGUAACUGUAGAGUUCUCAUAUGUUCAUUAUAUAUAGUAAAAAUUGAUAUAUCCACAGUAGUUUAACCUGAAUAUUGUAUAUCAUAUACAUAGAAUACCUUUAUAACACUAUAUUAUGAUACAUCUUCGAUCAUAUCAUAUUCUCAUGUGUUCACAUUUGAAGUUUUAUCACCAUGGUUACAGUAAAUGAGUAACUUUAAUCAGAGGCAUGGCAUUAUUGUGUCUGAAAUUUCCUGGAGUGAGUAAAUUUUAAGGUACAGUGGACUUAAAGGCAGUUUCUGAAGUCAUCUUUUCUCAAAAAUCAUUUGCCUGUAUGGUGUAAUUAAAGGUAUCUUUUUCUAGAAAUGGAUCCCUGAUACAUUAGAUUCCCUACUGUUUUACGUGAUUAAAUGAAUAAAUGAAACUGUAGUUAUUUAAUAGAACAAAGUCUUGCUUCAGAAAACUACCCGAAACUAUAUAGCUGUGAAUUGAUUUGAAUUUACAUGAAGGAUCUGACCAUCCGACCUCGGUAUGUAAUUUAGUUGGUUAAUUAUCAAAUAAAAAAAAUAAUAAUAAAAACAUGGUCCAUUUAUUUAUUAUGUAAUAACACUUGUAAAGAUCUAUUUGGAAGAAUAAGAGAAAAUAUUCAUGCAUGUUUUUCUAAGCAAGAAAUAAUGAUUUUAUCACAUUUAUCAAUAAAACAGGAAGAAAUAAAGGAAAGAAAUCAAAGGAGUUUUAAUUUUGUGGCUGCUGUUUGACCUGAAUCUGCCAUUAAUGUUGUCUUCCUGCUUUUAUCUUUCUGCCAGUUGUUUGUAUCUUGAAGGUUAUAGACAUACAUGUUACUUUUAUACUGUAAUCCUGUAAAGCUCCUGCAAGAUUUGCACCAAAUAUACCAAAAGAUAUUAUUUAUUUGCUAUUUAUUUUAUUGUAUAUACAAAUAUAAGAGGUCCAUUUUAUAUAGGAAUGAAAAAUUGUACAUAUACUGCUGAUUCUGUUUGUUGUUACUUUUGUCUUUGGAAAGAAACUGUCUUAAACUGUUGCAAAACAUGCAAAUGAAAUUUGAAAAUGAAAUAGAAAUUAAAUGUUCCAAAGUUGUAGUUUUUAAAGUCCCAUAUUUGCUAGUUUUCAAUUUUAUGUUUUAUUGUAGAAUCAUAAAAUGCUGUGUGCAGUAGACAGUAGUUGAGAAAUUAGGUUGCUGCAGUAUACAUAUGUUGUAUGACCAUAGAUGCAGAUUUAGUAGUGCCUUUAUGCAAAAACAGUUGAUUACUGAAGCAAGUCUUAUAUUUUACAGAGAUAUCUCUUAUACAGUGUGAAAAUCUAGCAAUAAGCACAAUUAUAGAUCUAUAAUAACAUGUAGAACAAGUUUUGGUCAGCUUGAAUGGCCAUUUUCGUGGUGCUGAUUUGUUCUUUUAGUUGUGUAUAUACUUUGUUUUAAAUGUACAUGUACAUUGUUGUAUUUUAUAUCCCAUUAGCAACAUAUAUCCAUGUCAUAUUUUACUAUUUUUAAAAUGUAUGAAUGAGCCUACCUCUGACAAUAAGGCUGUUGUUUGUUUCUUUCUUUCUUUCUUUUGGUAAGGACAUCUUUUUCAUUAGCUGGCUAAGAUAUUCUAAAAUGUGGUUUUUUCUCUGUUGGAUAAUUUUAUACAUGUUAAUAUAAGUUAAUCUAUUUUGAUAGUCAAAAAUUGAAUAAAUGGAAAAUCUUUGAUAUAACAACUUAUGUAAUCUUUGCAUGAAUGCUUCCAGAUAAUGGAAAGUUUAUUUGAAACACAACUUUCUAGUUCAUCAAUAUGUCAGAUAAACUUUAACUGUCAUGACAUGCUCCUUUUUGUGAAAAAAUAAGCCAGACAUCAUUUCAUAAUAGUAUAACGCACAUUUUUGCUUAAAGUUACAUUUUACAGUUGUAUGGUAUUAUAAAAGCAAAUGCUUUAUGUAUGGCUAUAAUCAGCAGAACUUGGUUACCAGGCUUUCCUCUUUACGAAUAAUAAAUCAGUAUUGAAUUACUAGCUGGUAAACUUUAAUAACCUGCUUUUCAUAAAAGUUCACAUCUGUUUAGAACACAUAGAAAGGUUAGUGAAAUCAUUUCAAAAGUUGUGAUACAUCUCUACAUUUUUAUUUUCCUGAAAGUGCCUUUGGCUUAUGCAUAUGCAUUGCCAAGUUCUAUUUUUCAAAUGUGAAGCUUGUGAUGCUGGUCACAAUGUUAAGCUCUUAACAGCAGUACACAGAAAGUCAUAUAUUUAGUUGUGCACCAUCAAAUACAAGGUUUUUCUUCUAAUUUUUUCACCGCUAUAUUGAAUGUUGCUGGCAUGUAAUGUGUCCACAUAUUUUACCAUUGAUUAUGUAUUGUUACAAUAAACAAUGUGAACCUUA